GCCGCGCCGUAGCGCAGGGUAGAGCCCUGCCGCUGCCAUGGCGGACGUGUCCGAGAGGACUCUGCAGGUGUCAGUCCUGGUGGCUUUUGCCUCCGGAGUGCUCCUGGGCUGGCAGGCAAACCGGUUGCGGAGGCGCUACCUGGACUGGAGGAAGCGGAGGCUGCAGGACAAGCUGGCGAUGACGCAGAAGAAGCUGGACCUGGCCUGAGGCCCCGCGCGCUGCCCCUGCCGCCGGCGCGCG